AUGCCCAUCACCGCCACAUUGUCAGCAGCGCCUGUUAGCCAGCACCGUCGCCCAUCAGCGCACUCUGCCCCCGCCCUCCACCAGCGUGGUGGCACGCCACCCAGCGAGCACGUCUGCCCCCAGUUCGCCGACCUCGUCUAUGGCGUCUUCAACGCAUACCGCAACCGUGGUGGCCACCAGGACUCGGCGUACCGACCAAGCACUGCUACUGCACCUGCAGCUGCUACCUCUGCCUCUGAUGUGACGCGCCCUGCACGCCCAUGA